CUCUCUCUCUCUCUCUCUGUAUAUAUAUAAUCUAUAUAACCCAGGAGUGUAAGGAUGCCGGACCAGAUCACAGUGUCGGAAUUCGUGGCCGAGACCAACGAAGAUUACAAAUCGCCAACAGCCUCCAGUUUCACCACCAAGAUGAGUCAGUGCAGGAACACGGUGUCUGGCUUGGAGGAGGCACUAGAUGUAGACCGUGGGGUGCUACAAAAAAUGAAGAAAUCUGUAAAAGCUAUUUAUUCAUCUGGCCUGGGUCAUGUGGAAAAUGAAGAGCAAUAUACACAAGCACUGGAAAAGUUUGGAGGCAAUUGUGUCUGUCGUGAUGAUCCUGAUCUAGGCACAGCGUUUCUAAAGUUUGCAGUCUUCACGAAGGAAUUGACUGCCCUUUUCAAAAAUCUGAUUCAGAAUAUGAACAAUAUCAUCACUUUUCCUCUGGACAGCUUACUUAAAGGAGAUCUAAAAGGAAUUAAAGGGGAUCUGAAGAAGCCUUUUGAUAAAGCCUGGAAGGAUUACGAAACGAAAGUUACAAAAAUUGAAAAGGAAAAAAAAGAACAUGCCAAGCAACAUGGCAUGAUCCGUACAGAAAUAAGUGGAGCAGAAAUUGCUGAAGAGAUGGAGAAGGAAAGAAGGUUCUUUCAAUUACAAAUGUGUGAGUAUUUACUUAAAGUUAAUGAGAUCAAGAUCAAGAAAGGAGUUGAUUUACUUCAGAAUUUGAUAAAAUAUUUCCACGCACAGUGCAAUUUCUUUCAGGACGGCUUGAAGGCUGUAGAAAGUUUAAAACCUUCAAUGGAAAAACUUUCUACGGAUUUACACGCUAUUAAACAAGUACAAGAUGAGGAAAGAAAGCAGCUAAUUCAACUUCGCGAUGUUCUGAAAACAGCACUUCAGGUAGAACAAAAAGAGGCGGUGAUUGUUGAUCAGGAUUCCCAGGUCCGCCAAAGUACAACCUACAGCUUACAUCAGCCUCAGGGAAAUAAAGAACAUGGAACUGAAAAAUGCGGCGCUCUCUACAAGAAAAGUGAUGGAAUCAGAAAAGUAUGGCAGAAAAGGAAGUGUACAGUAAAAAAUGGUUACCUUACAAUAUCUCAUGGAACAGCUAACAGACUGCCAGCAAAACUCAAUCUCCUCACGUGCCAGGUGAAGCCAAAUCCAGAAGAAAGAAAAUGCUUUGAUCUCAUAUCACAUGACAGAACAUACCAUUUUCAAGCAGAUGAUGAACCAGAAUGCCAAGUUUGGAUGUCAGUACUGCAGAACAGUAAAGAAGAAGCUUUAAACAAUGCUUUCAAGGGAGACCAUAAUACUGGAGAAAAUAAUAUUGUCCAAGAACUAACAAAAGCAAUUAUUGUAGAGGUACAGAAGAUGACUGGAAAUGAUGUAUGCUGUGAUUGUGGGGCACAAGUGUGGAGCUUGACACUGAACCAGGGAGACAGGAGAUGUGACAAUAGGCAUGGUCGAAAAGGAAGGUCUUUGGGUGUGAUUUGGAGACGGACAAGGAGGAGAGGGAUUGAGGCAGAGCGUUCCAGGGAGAAGUGGCUAAAAGCAUGGCUGCCAAUGGUGGAGCAGAGGGGACGAAGGACAGGCAGGAGGCCGGAGCCAGCUGAGCGAAGUGGACAUGAUCCAACAUGGCUGUCCACAAAUCUGGGAAUUCUGACGUGCAUUGAAUGCUCAGGGAUCCAUCGAGAACUAGGUGUUCACUAUUCCAGAAUACAGUCCCUUACAUUGGACGUAUUAGGAACAUCAGAACUCUUGCUGGCCAAGAAUGUUGGGAAUGCAGGAUUUAAUGAGAUUAUGGAAGCUUGUCUACCUUCCGAUGAAACCAUCAAACCUAUUCCAACCAGUGAUAUGAUUGCACGAAAGGACUACAUAACAGCUAAAUACAUUGAACGUAAAUAUUCAAGGAAAAAGUGCCUGGAUAAUGCAGCCAAACUUAGCUGUCUGUGUGAUGCAAUCAAGUCAAGAGACAUCUUCGCACUAAUUCAAGUAUAUGCUGAUGGUGUGGACCUGAUUGAGCCAAUUCCUUUAGCAAAUGGACAUGAGCAAGGAGAAACGGCACUGCAUCUCGCUGUAAGAUUGGUGGACAGAACAUCGCUUCAUGUGGUUGACUUUUUAGUACAGAACAGUGGGAACCUUGAUAAACAGACUGCCAAAGGCAGCACAGCAUUGCAUUACUGCUGUCUAAAUGAUAAUCUGGAAUGUCUUAAACUGCUUCUAAGGGGUAAAGCCUCCAUUGAUAUAGCCAAUGAAGGUGGAGAAACUCCACUUGAUAUAGCCAGACGCUUGAAGCACACGCAGUGUGAAGAGGUGCUUACACAGUGUUUAUCAGGCAAGUUUAAUUCUCAUGUACACGUGGAAUAUGAAUGGAGGUUACAUCAUGAAGAUCUGGAUGAAAGUGAUGAUGAUAUUGAAGACAAGCAAUCCAGUCCCAACAGACCUGUCAGUUUCUAUCAGGUGUCAUAUCAGACAGGAACAAGUCAACUUCAGCCCAUGGCCACUCUUCCAGCCAUGUUGAGGGAUUCAGCCAAUUCCAUAAAAGAUAAACAGCGAUCGUUCAUUCCAAGUAUGGUGAGCAAUGAAACGUAUGGAACUAUACUAAGCUCAAGUCCUCCUCUUUCUUCUAUAUCUGAUGUACCCCCACUUCCACCUAGGAACAUCGGUAAAGUUCAAUCUGCAGUUCCCAGUGUUAGUUCACAGACUUCGAAUGUUUGGAAACCUGGAUCAAUGGGAAUGGAAGGUGUUAAUCGACAACGAUCUGCUUCAGACCCACCAAACCUUCAUCCACCUAUACCACCACUCCGGGUGACAUCAGCAACAGCAAACCCAUCACCGCCAACUCCAGUAGCAAAGACGACCAGUGUUAUUGAAGCAAUGAGUCUGCAGUUGAAACAGUCCCAACAGCAAACUCCUCCCAGUAAAAAACCACUGCCACCACCACUGCCUCCUCAGCCACCACUUCGUGUUUCACUACAGAAAUCUUCACCCAGCAUUGAUCGAACAUCUGUAGCUAAAAGACCACCCACAUUACCUGGAUCUGUACAAUCAUUGCAAACAGCAGGUGAUGCUUCAUUGGGACCAGGCAAUAUACCAAAAAAGCCAGGGCAUGCACCGAAUUCUGCAAGUCAAAGCAAAGCUCCAGCACCAAUGCCACGGAAAUCUCAAAUGUUGAAACCAAAACCAAGACGAGUGAAAGCAAUUUAUAACUGUUGUGCUGAUAACCCAGAUGAACUCACUUUCACAGAGGGUGAGAUUAUUGUUGUUGAUGGAGAGGAAGAUCCAGAAUGGUGGAUUGGCCACAUUGAAGGAAAUCCAAAGCGGAGAGGUGUUUUCCCUGUGACAUUUGUGCACUUCAUUGUUGACUGAGCUCCCUUUUAAGUCGAGAGAAAAAACAAAUCUGGAUCAUUGUAUGUCUUUGGAUGGCAAGGAACACAACUCCAUAGAAUCCAUCACCACUUAGCAGAAGGAUAAUACAAGUUUUGAUUAUUAAAAUUGAUUUUUUUUGGUAUUUUGCACUUUCAAGACAACUGGAGAUCCAUUGUAAGUUGUGAACUUUUCAUUUCUGGCAAUUUGCUAUGGUGCAUGUAGGUACUUGAAAAUGGAAAAUUAGUUCCAUGUCUUUAAGAAAUGAAUAGCUUAUUUCUUACUAACUGUGUCAAUGUUGUUGAAAUUUGAAAUAUUUUCAAGGUAUGUACUAAAUACUAAGCGAAGUUGGAUGUUGAGGUACUGAUAAACUGGGAUAAUUCAUUUAGAUAGUAAGCAUGCUGGUUCAGCGAAUAAUAUAACUAUUAAGGCCUUAAAAUAUUACCACUAUUUCAUAUUCAGUUAUGUGAUUUCCAGUUUAUUUUGAUAUUUUAAUAAAUUUCCAUAAUUGAUUUGAUCAAUAAUCCAGUGUUGUAGACAAUUCAACAUUUUUCCAGAGGCAAACGAUUAAAAUCAAUCAAUACCCAUGGGGCUGUUUUAAGGAACUGGUUAGUUGGUGGACAUUCAAAAACAAUGGUUUAGGAGGAGGAAUAGAAAGCAAACACCACAUGUUUGAAAUGCUUUGUUGCAUUAAUCUUUGUUUAACCAAAAUGGUGUUUAAAUAUUUCAGUCUAUUUCCUAAAAUGUUCAAAGGGAAUUUUUUUUACAUAUUAUUUACACAGAAUUAACAGCUUCUUGUCUUUAUCCUUUAUUAAGGAAAAUAAGGAAUAAUGGUGCACAUUUACAGAAUUAAAUAAUGCAAAAUGUGCAGUUUAAUGAACAUUCAUCUCAUUCUAAAAUGCUGACACAAAAAGUACCUUUUCCAUGUUGGGUCCUGUUUUAAUAGAAAUAUUUUUUUUUCAAAAAUUACAGAAACUGCCAACGGUAAUGUUACUUGAACCACAUAGUGUGGUUUGCAACACUAUGAUGCAAUCCAAUUGAAAAUGAUUUUUUUAAAAAGUUAAGUAGUUGGCACUUUUAGCUAAAUAUAGCCCUAAUUAAUAAUUGUUGAGCUGUCUCAAUGGGAAGCAGUUAGUUAUUUUAUGUAAUGCAAAUCAAUGCCGAAGAUGGUGGCAUCAUUCAGAACUGUGGUUUUCCAUGAGUGAUUAAAAUGGCCAUAAAUAUCCAGACACGCUGACUGUCGCCACCUGCUGUUGCUAAUUUUGUUUUUCUUUACUGUGACUGAUUCUUAGAAUAAAAAAUAAUUUCCUAUUUGAUAUGGUGUAAAAUGAAUAAAAACAUAACCAGUUAGAUUUCUGUUGCAGAGCAACUGUAUAUAUAUAUUGUAAAUCUUAAAUACUAUAUACCUUUGUAAUUCUUGUUGCGGUGACUUGACAAUUAGGGCAUGUGUAAUAUGUACUCUAUAUCCUAGUUCAACAUUACAGCUAUCUGGAACUGUAAUAAACGGUUAUUAAAAAAACCUGCUUUGGCAAUGCAGGUUUGAGUGUGUAUUUUCAAGUUAAAGCCUAAUGAGUUUGUUUUUUGCAAAGGAAUAACUUAAUAUCUGACACUGCAUAAAAUAUGAGGAUCUAAAAUUUCUUUGUGUAAUGAAAUGUUUUUCAGUUGCACUUGGGUAAGGCUGCUAUUACUCAUUCACAAUAAACUUUUUACUAACCA